AGUCCGAAGAACAGAAAGCAAUAAGAAAGUGAGCACACAUUUUGAAUUGUGAAAAGCGAAGAAGACAAUGUCUGGAAGAGGGAAGGGAGGAAAGGGUUUGGGAAAGGGAGGAGCGAAGAGGCACCGUAAGGUUCUGAGGGACAACAUCCAGGGGAUCACUAAGCCCGCCAUUCGCCGCUUGGCCCGUCGUGGCGGCGUCAAGCGUAUAAGCGGUCUGAUCUACGAGGAGACACGUGGCGUCCUCAAGAUCUUCUUGGAGAACGUGAUUCGCGAUGCGGUCACCUACACCGAACACGCGCGCCGCAAGACCGUAACCGCUAUGGACGUUGUCUACGCCCUCAAGAGACAGGGCAGAACCCUCUAUGGCUUCGGUGGUUAACUUAGAUACGCAUUUAUGGGAUCUUAGUCCCCAAUGUCAUACCUUCUCAAUUUCUGUUCAUAUCAAAAUUGUAUCUUGUCAACUCCCUUUUUUUUUUUGCAAUGUAAUGCGUGAUUUUUUCUUUCUGCUAUGAUUAAUUGUUUAUUAUUACUUUGAGCCAUAGUAUAAUUUUAAUUUAUCUGUUGAUAUGCUUGGCCACUGGUGUAGUAGCAUGACCGGGAGAUUAAAGCUAUAGUUUGACUUUGAGGACUAGCUUAAUACAGUUGUUUUAUCAUUUUGAUGAUUA